CUUUAUUUGCGUCCAUCCGGGCCGCCGUAGUCACGCUGCAGGUUUUUCCAUCAUGGCUGCGUCCAUCACUCACCCUGCGCUGUCCUCCUUAUACAAAAUAAACUCUAAUAUUAAUGGAAUAUACAGCUUAAUUUCAUUCAACAGGAGGAUUUCAAUCUCCUCUGUCCGCUCAUCCAGCGCUGUGGCCACAGAAACCGAAGCCUCAGGCCGAGGUGUUCGGGGUCAGCGGAGGUCAAAGAGACAGGCUGGGGAGCCCAGGAGCGAGCGGAUGGCUGUGGAUCAGGACUGGACAGCUGUUUAUCCCACUGCAGCGUCGUUCAAACCGGCCGCCGUUCCUCUGCCGGUGCGGAUGGGAUAUCCCGUGAAGAGAGGAGUACCACCUGCCAAGAAGGGCAACCUGGAACUGAUAAAGAUCCCAAACUUUUUACACUUAACCCCUGUUGCUAUUAAGAAGCACUGUGAGGCCCUGAAGCAGUUCUGUACGGAGUGGCCGUCUGCCCUGGACUCGGAUGAGAAAUGCAUGAAGCGUUUCCCAAUCCAGGUGCAGAGCAAGGAGUUCGUAUCGGCUGGAUUGUCACUGCGAAACCCAGACGCGAGAAUAGUGACACUGAAGGUGAAGCUGUCCAGCUUGAAUCUGGAUGAUCACGCCAGAAAGAAGAUGAUCAAACUCAGUGAAGAGCGAUACUGCAAAGACACCGACACACUCACCAUCACCACAGACAGUUGCCCACUGAGGAAGCAGAAUUAUGAUUAUGCCAUGUACCUCCUCACCGUGCUUUACCACGAGUCCUGGAAAACUGAGGCGUGGGAGCAGGAAAAGACGCGUGCGGAUAUGGAGGAGUACGAGUGGGAAGACAGUCCGUCCCAAAAGAAGGUUCUGGACACCCUCCUGCGCAUGCGAGCGCUUGGAGCGAAGGAUGAGGUGGAGGAGGGAACCAGGGAGGAGCUGCUGGGGCAGCCGGUGGUGCAGGAGUACAGAGACACCAUGCUCAGGCUGAAGAACGAGGGAGAGACCGAGGAAAAUCUGCACAAGUAUAAAGAGGCUGUGAAGAAGCUCUUUAAUAUCUGAGCUGCCUUAUAGAGAAUAUACAUGUAGAAUUGCAUAUUAAAAAUGUGUUGGGGAAAACUAAAAGCACUAAGGUGGCGUUUUUUCCACCAGUGAGCCAUGCAAUGUUCUCAUCAUUUUGAUGUUUUUUUUUUUAUUAUAUGCAAAAGUCUGCUAUAUUCACGAAAAAUAAAUUAAUGACAAUUAAUGGGCAACCUUAA